AUGUGCCAACAAAUAUCUGAAGGAACAAGAUGGACCCUCUGUGGGCAUUUCCAACGCCAUCUCGUCGUAGCAAUCAUGGAUUGCAAUUCUCCGCGCUGUGAACGAAGCUAUCUACACGCACCUGGAUGUCGACAACCAACAUGUUUGAAAAAUUAUGGCAAGGAAGUGCAAAAAGAUAUCGACAGCGUCGAUGAGUAUUGCUUUGCAUGCCGUGCAGCGAUGGCCCGUCGCGCUAGAGGAGGAGGAUAA